GAGUACAUCAAUGUGCGUAACGGUGUGAGACGUGUUACUUGUUUUAGGGAUAAAAAAAAUAUAUGCAUUGAACAAUUUCAAUAAAAUAAAGGAGAGUAAGUGAUUGAUUGAUAUUAUCUGGGAUUGCAUUAAAUCAAUUUUCACUCAAACACCUAUGAGGGUCAUAUUAAAUGUGAGUGAAAAUUUUAAAACAACGGAGAUUAAUUUGCAAAAAAAACGACUUUUGAGAUGAGUAUGCCAACAAAAGGAAAACACCAUCAUCCUAAUCAUCACCACCAGCAGCCACAUAAUUCACAUAUUCAGACACACAUUAUAGGCCUGAAUAUCAGUCAAGCAACAGUACCAUCAGUGUCACAUACAGCUCAUGCUCAACAUUAUAAUCCUGCAGUUUUAAAUAAUACAUCUAGAUUUGUUUCACAUCCUGGAUCAGAUUUUCAUGUUCCUGGACAAAAUUUUGGUGCCCAAGCAACUGGGCAGGUGGGUGGUAGUGCAAAUUCAAUCGCGGUACAAGGAGGUAGAAAUCCUUCUUUAGGAACUAUACAGCCUAUUGGCCAAGCUUCAUCUGUACCCCCUGGAAUAUCAUCAAGUGGACAAUCUCAGACAUCUUCAGGGCCAAACAUUCAACCUCAAUCAGCGCCAAAUUCGUCAGUGUCAACAGCUAUGGUACAUAAUCAGCCAUCACAAGAUAUGAGUAAACAAACACAUUUGCAAACCCAACCGGUGUCCAUGCAGCAAGUUUAUGUACAGAAUUCCAACAGGCAAUCAACUCAGCAAAAUUAUUACUCAAGUGGUUCAAGGUCUCAACAGCCAAGAAAUCUUGCUCAUAGAACUGCUCCAUCUUCUAAUCAAACUCAAGUAGUUGGUAUGCCUAGUGUUGGGAGUACUAGUGGUCAACCAACAAGUAUGUAUCCACAUCCGAAUAUAGCAAUGCAACCUUCUACUGUGUACGUGCAAAAUCAAGUUUCGGGUAUACACACAAACCCCCAUCAGCAGAAUGUUUAUUCAAUAAACAAUCAAAUGUCAAUACCGUAUACUGGACAACCGCAGCGGCAUCAAACACAUCAUAAUCAGUUUCCGUACCAGUCAUACCAGUCUCAUUUAUUAGCAACGUCAAAUGUAUUCGGAUACGCACAUGGAGCUCAACAUCCUGGAUUUUUUUUUCAUCAACCUGCAAACACUCAACUAAAUUUAAACAGAACAGGUGCAAAUUCUGUCAGUUCAGGAAAUCAACAUAUAUCUGGAUCCUUGGCUAGUAAUACAGCACAAGCAAUUGUUUCGCAAGGAGCUCUUCAGCAAAGUACACAACAAACGCAAUCAAUGCAUGCCUUAAGCGUGCCCCUUCCUCAAACAGAUAUGUUUUCUGGUUUUAACGGUGGUUUAAGUAAUGCAGGAUCCAGAUUAAAAAAGCCAAGAACAAAAGCCAUUACAGACAUUGUAAAUCCUAAUACUGGUAAAAACAUUAGUGAUGAAAUUUAUAAAGAUGAAAGCACUAUCACGAUAGAUCAAUCCAUCAACAAGGAAAGUCCACAAUCGUUGAAUUGCAAUGUCGAACUAGUAGCUGAUUUUGCAGCCCGUGUAGCAAUACUUGCUUCUGAGUCACAAGUGUCUACAACGUUAGAAAAAGACAAUUCUUCCGUGAAUCUUCAGCUAGCUGAGUCAACGCCAUCUUGUGUACAAAAACUGUCUUCAGAUUGUAUUAAAAACCAUCAAUGUGAUAAAGAAACGGAAAAACUAAUGGAAAGUUCGACUACAAAUAUCCCUGAAGAAGAACAAACAUUUAGUUCAGAACUUCAAAACUUGCACGGAACCAAUUCAGAUACAGAAGAUAUUGUGGAGGACGAUGUAACAAAAAAAACAACUACUGCAGAAAAUACUCUAAUUACACAGAAUAACUCAACAAAAGUAAACAGUGGAUCUCCCGAAAUAAAAAAUAAAACAGAAAGCGGAAAUUUAUUAGACAUUGCAGCCAGUGUAAAUAAAAACGUAGAACAUCAGCCAGAUGAUUGUUUUAUCGAUGAUAAUAUAGAAAAAGAAAGCAUAGAUGCUAACAUUUCAAGUGAGACAAUAUCAACCUCGUCGAAACACCAAUACAAUGAUGUGACUUCUCAAAGGACUAAUGGUGGGAUGGGCACAAAAAAUCUUGAAUUGGAUACCCGAAAAAAUGAUUCACAAAAAUGUUCAGAUGGUAAGA